CCGGACGCGCACCUGUUGCUAAUCAGAGGCUUCUAUUUAAGCCUGUCUUUUCCGGUCACUCGGGGUGGCUUCAUCGUUUGCUUCACGCUAAUGUCACGCACCUCACAGGGGAGGAGCCAGGGAAUGGAGGCAGAGUGGAACACGGAAGACAACGCCCCAGCCUUGGCCGCAUCAUCGAGGGGCGGUACAUUCCCCGGUACCUGCUCAACCAGCCUGAAGUGGCACCAGCUGGGCGGCCAGGUGGGGCCCAGCUACAAACCCUUCUUAACUCUGCCUCAUUCAGGUCUGUCUCUCCUCUCUGUCAAGGCAGGUGCAUCAGGCGGCAAUUACCUAUGACAUUUAAAGCAGUGUGCUGUGUGAAGGACUGAGGGCCCUGGAUGGGAGAUAUUUAGUGGAGCUCGAGAUCCUGUUUACUGUGGACUAGCUGUGUGUGACGCCAUGUUGUUUUUGUUUCCAUUACAAAAAAAAGCUCCACCGUCUCGCCGAGUGCCACCAAGAGUCAUAAGUACUUUUCAACUCGGCUCCUCAACUGGAGAUAACUUUCUAGCACCUCACCAUGGGGAAGGAUGUAUUCAUAUGCCUUCACCAGCACAUGCAUUUAACAUGCAGAGAGUUACACAAGUUCUUACCACCUUGGGGCACCAUUCAGACAACUACAAAGACGCAUUAAAAAUAAUGCAACAAUAUGGAAAGCGCUGCAACACCUCAGACCUGCAAUCUGAGGCAGAGAACGAGGAGCUGCCAGAAAAAAGGAACAGGAAGCCAGUCCAUCGUCUCGGGGACUCAGAUGAUAGCGAAGAAGACCCGGGAAAUAGUGACCUCACAUCUCUGGGGUUGGCAAGCCAAUUGCACAGGCAGACUCCACCGUCUCGCCGAGUGCCAGCAAGAGUCAUGAGUACUUGUCAACUCGACUCCUCAACUGGAGAUAAUUUUCUAGCACCUCACCAUGGGGAAGGACGCAUUCAUAUGCCUUCACCAGCACCUGCAUUAAACAUGCAGAGAGUUACACAAGGAACGGCAGUCCCUCCUCGACUCCCUCCACCCCCUCACCAGCAGCCCUCAACAUGUGGCAGACUCAGGAGCCUGGAUCCAGCCUGGCCUACAGGCCAACAUGGCGAGGGGGAAGAAUGGCCGACAACAUUUCCUGCUCUGCGCCUGAGGUAAUCCAGAUCCUUAGCCUGCUGGAAACUAUUAAGCACAACCAAGACCAGCUGAUUGCGAAGGUGCUGUGAGUAAAAAUGUGUUGACAAGGUCAGCCACGGACGCUGAGGUCACCAAACACGCCAUCAGGUGGUUCAACUUGGCGGGGGAUCGGGCAACGAGGAGACGAGUCCCGCUUCCACCUCCUCAGGAGGAAUAGAGAUGUAUAUGU